AUGAGUGACAUACGAAAUUUUUUGCAAAAGAAACGCAAGAUAGAAUUAAGUCCAUCAAGUAUAAAUGAAGGCAAUCAUGACAUAGGUAAUUUAAGUAAUUUAAGUAAUAAUAGUUCUAAUAGUAGCCAACAAAAAGAAGUGCCACAACUCCAAUCAAGUAUAAAUGAAGGCAAUCAUGACAUAGGUAAUUUAAGUAAUUUAAGUACUAAUAGUUCUAAUAGUAGCCAACAAAAAGAAGUGCCACAACUCCUUCAUCAGUUGACUGUUGGUGCUAAUAAAUUAGAUAUUGGACUGUAUUUGAAUUCCUACGUUGAUGACGAAUUACGUUUAAAGUUAUUGAAGGACCCCUGGGUUCCAUCAAAAACAUAUGACUUCAAAAAAGAUUUGACCAACGGCUCUACGAGAGUAUUUCGUAUAGAAUGGUUUGCACUUUAUCCAUGGCUAAGUUACUCAGCUGUUUCUAAAGGCCCACUAUGUCGCGUUUGUGUAUUAUUUCGACCUCGAGUACAUAGAGGUGUUCAAGGAGCAUUCAUUGUUUCACCAUGCAUAAAAUAUCAAAAAUUUAACGAGGUUUCAAAGGCUCAUGAAAUUAGUAUUUGGCAUAAAGACGCAAUUAAUGCGUCACAACAUUUUUUAAACUCAAAAGAGAGAAAACAAUUGAGUGUUCAUGAGCAAAUAGAUUCGGCAUUUAAUAGAGAAAUAGAAGAAAACAGGGUGAAACUUCGUUCUAUCAUAUCGUCAAUCUUAUUUUGUGCAAAGCACGAUCUUCCACUAAGAGGUAAAAAUGACGAAGGUUCAGUUUUUACAGAUUUAUUACAAUUCCGUGUCGAAUCGGGGGAUGAAGUUUUGAAUAAGCAUUUAAAGUCUGGAGCUAAAAAUGCGUUAUAUAUCUCACAUGAAGUUCAAAAUGAACUAAUUAAAACUUGUGCUAAUGUACUUCGACAAAACAUUAUUGAAGAAGUGAAACUUUCAUCUGUUUUUUCGGUCUUAGCUGACGAGACUGCCGAUAUAAGUGGCACCGAACAAUUGUCAAUAGGUGUUCGGUAUUUGUUUUACGACGUUAAGUUUCAAAAACACAAAAUUUGUGAAGAAUUUCUUGGUUACUCGCCUCUUACAAAACUGGAUUCUAAAUCCAUUGCCAAAACCAUCAUUGAAUUUUUAGAAAGUUGUAAUUUAGAUUUGAAUCGACUUGUGGGCCAAGGAUAUGAUGGAUGCGCUACAAUGGCUGGGCAUAUAAGUGGCGUUCAAAAAUUAAUUAAUGAAGCUUAUCCUAUGGCGCUAUUCUUCCAUUGUGCUAGUCACGUAUUGAAUCUUGUAUUUAAUGAUUUAAAUAACCAAAAUAUAAGAGUAUUAGAAUUUUUGCUGACAAUUUUAUUGUUACUUAUUGUCAAAGCUUUGGAAGAACUAUCAAAAAUUUUUAUUGUUACAUUGCAAGUAAUAGCUGUUUAUUCCGCUAAAUUUGAACCAGUAUGCAAUCUACUUCAACAAGUUAAUAUAAAUUUGAAAACGGUGAACAAUCACAUAACCAAACUAGUUGAUACUUUGCAGUUGUAUAGAAAUUGUGCGUCCACUGAAUUUACCGUAUUAUUUGCAAAAUCUAAAGAAAUCGCUGAAGAACUUGAUGUUGAAAUACGUCCACCUCGAGUUGCUGCACGACAAAGUCAAAGAUCAAAUCAUCCAUCUACAAACUAUGAAGAGUUUUUCAGAAUAUCCAUUUUCGUUCCUUAUCUAGAUUCAAUUAUAUCAUCAUUAAAAGAUCGCUUUUCUAAAAUUCACAAUCAAUCAUUUUUUCUAAUGGAUCUUCAUCCUUAUGCUAUGAAAAACAUGAGUAAAGAACAGUUUAUUUGCACAUCAAAUGAUAUUGUAAAACUCUAUGGAAAUAUUUUGUCAUCAAAUUUUGUAACUGAAGCCACAACAUGGUAUGAAAUGUGGAAUAAUGGUGAAAAACCAUUAGAUUCUAUUGAAUACUUAGAUUUGAUCGAAAUGUCAAAAGAUUUUUAUCCAGCUGUAGCCGACGCAAUCAAGAUCGGAGCAACUCUUCCAACAACAACUUGCAGCAUUGAACGUUCAUUCAGUACUUUAAGACGAGUCAAGACAUGGAACAGAGCCACUAUGUGUGAUAACCGAUUGUCCGGAUUGUGUAUGAUGAGUGUACAUAGAAAAAGACUAGGAGAGGAUACCAAAUUCAUUGAAAAUUCAAUUGAAGAAUUUGGAAAAAAACCUAGGCGUUUGCAAUUAUUAUUUAAAAAAUAA